AUGGCGGCCUUGGCGAUCUCCUCCUGCGGCCGGAGAGCUCUCCUUGUCGACGACAACGUCAUCAACCGAAUGGUGGUGAGGAAGCUGAUGGAGGAGCAGGGGAUUGCCUUGGAGGAGGCGGAGAACGGGAAGAAGGCGGUGGAGCUGGUCAAGGAAGGCAGGGUCUUCGAUCUCAUCCUCAUGGAUCGGGAAAUGCUCGUCAUGGAUGGCCCUCAGGCCACUAAGCAGCUGCGGUCGCUGGGAGUGACGACCCCCAUCGUAGCUCUCUCGGCCGACGCCAUGCAGUCCGACAAGGAUUCUUUCCUUCAAGCCGGCGCUGACGACUUCGUAGAGAAGCCUCUAAGUAUAGAUAAGUUUGCUUUGGUUCUCACGAAGUAUGGCCUUCAGGAUGGCCAAGCUGCAGAUCAGUAG